CAAAUUUGAUAAUAUUUUGUGAUUCCUAGUCUUGAAAUUUUCGGUUUUCCUGUGCUAAGAAUCAAAGAUAUGGAGGACAUAGAGCGUCAACUUGCCGGUCCGAUGAAUGAUGAUAUGCUCACACUUCAAGCCACUCAUCGAUCUAGUCGUGUUUGGUCUGAUCAGGCUUUCACAGAUAAAAAAGUAUCAAUAUGAGUCAAAGUUGUGUUCACUGAACACAGUUUUAAUUAGGAAUUCAAAGUUGUGUUCGCCGAACACAACUUCAAUUGGGAAAAAGUAUGUCGUGUUUGUUGAACACGAUUUACAUCUUUAGGAAUUUAACAUUGAGAUUCUACACUGAUCGGUAAUUGCUCCACUUUAUGCAGUGCUCAUUUCUUUGGUGGGCCAUCAACACAUGCCUCCAUUAAGGCAUUCCCAAGGGAAAUCCGAUGUGAUAUCCCUCUUUCCUCCUUCGGCGUAGCUUCGCCUGUUUUUUUUGUUUGGCCAGUUGCACUGCUCCUCCAUGUUUGUCUUCUUCCUCCUCGAUAGGAAUCAAGGAGGCAUGAAUAUGUAGCCGAUCCUGACGUCAGCAGCAGAUCUGUGGUAACAGCGCCGGUUGGCUCCCGCGGUGGCUAUGUUGAACAAAUCUAAAAUGUCCACCGAUGAAAUUAUGGCAGCGACUGGUAAUCUUCUUCUUCCUCUUCAACCUCGACCUGGGAGUGAUCCAAUAUUGCGGCAAUUGUGAAAGUAGCGGAAGUUCUUGCAGUGGUCGGCCGCGGAUCGGAGCAGCGGCGGCGGUGAGUCUGGGCAGCGGCAACGGCGGCGGCGAGUCUGGGCAGCGGCGGUUGGUUUGAAGUGCGAAAAUGACCAGAUUCCAGCGGUGGGAGUGUCAGCUACGAAAUCGAGUAGAAAUUGGAGUCUUCCGUGGUCGGCUGGCUUCAAUGGAAACGUUGAAGCGGUCGUGAGGACUCCAACAGUGGCAACGACAAAGUUUGGCUUCGUCGGUAGUAAUGGCCGACUUUGGUGGCUGCUACAGAUAUGGACGGACAGUUCCCUAGGGAUGAGUAGCUCAGUGCUGGCAACGGCGGGCUUCUGGUGCUAGGUGUCGACAGCGGUUCAUGAUUGCUCCUCUCCCCACGCUCCUCCAGCCCGUGGUAGAUCUCAGGGCCUGCGGCGGAGCCGGGGAAGCAGUGACAACGCUAGAUAUCUUGCGGUGCGUUAGACAUGAGACGGAGCCCGUGCCAGCGCCGCCUUGGAGAUCGGCUCUUCCGCUUUGACGGCAAGGAUAACUUUCUCCGACGGCGGGGCAACGGUGUGCGGCAUCGAGGAGGCAAGGAGGUCGAAUUUCGGCACUCGAUCCAGAUCUUUCCCCCACUCCGUACAGAUGCAGUGAGUGGCCUCAAUGGUAUGGACACCAAUAAGAACAACUGGAUCUGUUCUUCUGCGGCAAUGGUUAAUCAGAUUUUUCACAGUGUGAUUCCAAUUGAGGAGCAAAGCCGAAAAAUUUGGAGAGAUUUGUGGUCUUUUUUCUUCUUUAAUUUGUGGUGGUGAGAAGAGAACAAUGGAGCAUUCUCCCUCUUUUGCUUUAGGGACGAAUUGGCAGUGAGAUCAUAUCCUUAUGCUUUCUCUCUCCUUUUUUUUUGUGAGCCAAAAAGUUGCCCAAAAAUUUGGGUCUCUCCUGAAGAAAAUCAAAUGAAGGAAUUGAAAAUUCAUGGCCUUUUGCUCAGGUUCCACGGGUGGCGCCAAAAUGAUGGUGUAAAUUAUCAACCGGUAUAUCGUUUUCGCCCGGCAAAAACGAUAAACUAGUCUGAAAAAU